UUUCUCUCAUUCGCUUCCUCUCUCUACCUUGAUUUUCUAAUUCCAGAAAGAAACGAAAAGAAAAGAAAGGAAAAAUGCGUGAAAUCCUUCACAUCCAAGGAGGCCAAUGCGGCAACCAAAUCGGUGCCAAGUUCUGGGAAGUCGUCUGCGCCGAGCACGGCAUUGACCCGACGGGGCGUUUCCAUGGCGAAUCCGAUCUUCAACUCGAGAGGAUCAACGUCUACUACAAUGAGGCCAGCACCGGCAGGUUCGUCCCUCGAGCCGUCCUCAUGGAUCUCGAGCCCGGGACCAUGGACAGUAUUCGGUCCGGUCCCUAUGGCCCCAUUUUCAGGCCGGACAACUUCGUUUUCGGCCAGUCUGGCGCUGGGAAUAACUGGGCCAAGGGCCAUUACACCGAAGGCGCCGAGUUGAUCGACUCCGUUCUCGAUGUGGUUCGCAAAGAGGCCGAGAAUUGCGACUGUUUGCAAGGAUUUCAGGUUUGCCAUUCACUUGGUGGUGGAACUGGGUCUGGAAUGGGAACGCUUCUCAUUUCAAAGGUCAGAGAAGAAUACCCAGAUAGAAUGAUGAUGACUUUCUCUGUCUUCCCUUCUCCGAAAGUCUCCGACACUGUUGUGGAGCCUUAUAAUGCCACUUUGUCUGUUCAUCAGCUUGUUGAGAAUGCAGACGAGUGCAUGGUUCUUGAUAAUGAGGCUCUCUACGACAUUUGCUUCCGAACUCUCAAACUUUCCACUCCGAGCUUUGGUGAUUUGAACCACUUGAUAUCAGCGACCAUGUCAGGAGUGACGUGCUGCUUAAGAUUCCCCGGCCAACUCAACUCCGAUCUCCGCAAACUCGCCGUCAACCUCAUCCCGUUCCCUCGUCUUCACUUCUUCAUGGUGGGUUUUGCUCCUCUGACUUCACGGGGCUCGCAGCAGUACCGCGCUCUGACCGUUCCCGAGCUCACUCAGCAGAUGUGGGACGCCAAGAACAUGAUGUGUGCCGCUGACCCGAGGCAUGGCCGCUACCUGACAGCCUCGGCCAUGUUCCGCGGCAAGAUGAGCACCAAGGAAGUGGACGAGCAGAUGCUGAAUGUGCAGAACAAGAACUCUUCCUACUUUGUGGAGUGGAUCCCCAACAAUGUGAAGUCGACGGUCUGCGAUGUCCCGCCUACGGGGCUCAAGAUGGCGUCGACUUUCAUCGGGAAUUCGACGUCCAUACAGGAGAUGUUUAGGCGGGUGAGCGAGCAAUUCACGGCCAUGUUUAGGAGGAAGGCUUUCUUGCACUGGUACACAGGAGAAGGGAUGGAUGAAAUGGAGUUCACUGAGGCUGAGAGCAACAUGAAUGAUCUUGUUGCGGAGUAUCAGCAGUACCAAGAUGCUACAGCUGAGGAGGAAGAGUUUUAUGAGGACGAAGAGGAGGGAAACUAUGAUCAGGAGAUGUGAAAGCUAUAAUUGGGCAUGAGAAUUGUGAGGAACUUUUGCUAAAAAGGAGCAAAGUUUUUUGUUUAACCUCAACCUUCAGUUGUGGGUGUUUGUAGAAUAUGAAAGGAAUUACUGCGAGUUAGUUUGCUGUAGUUCGCUUACAUUUUCUGUAAUCUGAUUUAUGUCUUCUACUUCAGUAGUGAAGUAUGCUCCCUCUCUUAAAACUUCUUGUUUAUUAAGACCUUGGAUUGGUUGAAUAAGAUGUUUUAUCUUUUUCUUUUCA